CAUGGCAACCCAGUGCCCUUUUGGGGAAGCCACAUUGAAAAAGUUAUUAACAUUACAGUCUGGAACGUCAGGUCAGCAUGUGCCAAAGCGAUGCACUUAGCACUGUGAAAUUCACAUGUGCAGCAAGACCUGUGCACAGUUGAAGCCAGAGGCUUUCCAGGUAGUGACAGGGGGUAUACUGUGGUUAUGGACCCUGACCCAUGAACUGUGUGUUCGAGCCCUGCCCUAAGCAGUUUUCAAGACCGUGUGUCCUGUGCUCCUUGCAUUCUACACGGGCUUCUUUUGGAAACUUUUUCCGGAGACCAAACUUUCUGGUUUAAGAGCAAUAUUAAAGUAGGAGGGAAUGGGGCAGAUGGGGUGUACGUACCUCACUGUGUUUUUAAACCAAGGUGCACAGAUUUUGCAUGUCCCUCCCUUCCCAGGAUUGGGUCCAUGCUGGGAUAGGGCUCUGGUCAUGGCAGGUUCAGAAAGGGGUAAGAGGUGGCACAACUUCCGUGCCAGAGUCAGAACAUCCCCCAGUGUGUGGAGCUCCCUGUGGGACCCGCCCAUCUCUCAGGAACCAUCUGACCCCGCCAAAGGAUCUCCAGGAAUAUUUUCCCCACCCACUCAAGACAUCUGCAAAUGAUGCUGUCUCCGACUAACUAGUCUCACCUGUUUUUCUUUCUGUGGAGCAGUUCCAGUUUCCCAAACGUAAUGUGAUUUCCUGGCUAGAACCAGAGGCAGAGCCGUGAAUCCCAAAUCUCCAGGGCUUUGAGGAAAGGAAGAUCCUUAAAACAUGAACACAGCAGGUGAUGGGAUGGUGGGUGAGAACCAGGAAGAGAAUCCACAGCAGGAAGGUCCUGAGCAAGUGGAACCAUGUGGGACAGUAUCAGGAAGAUCCAAAGGGGACGUUUCCUUGAGUCCUGAGCAAGAAGAAGGCCGUGAGACUCAGCGCAGGUCAGAGAGGCAGAAGAGCAACCAGCAAAGGAAGAGACAGGAUGAAUCCACUUGCCAAGCGAGAAGUUUGGAGGAUCCUAGUGAAAUCAUGGUCCAACAACGAGUCCAUAUGAAAGAGAAACUGUAUAACUGCCCCGAGUGUGGGAAAAGCUUUGCUCAGAUAUCAAACCUCCUGGUACAUCAGAGAAUCCACACGAGGGAGAGGCCCUAUAAAUGCCCUGACUGCGGGGAAAGCUUCACGCGGAACUCGGACAUUAUUUCCCAUCGCUCAGUCCACACAGGAGACAGGCCCUAUAGCUGCCUUGAGUGUGGAAAAUGCUUUGCUAAUUUCUCAUCCCUUAUUUCACAUAGACGAAUCCACACGGGGGAGAGACCCUAUACGUGCCCUGACUGCGGGAAGAGCUUCAAGCGGAGCUCAGACCUUAGUAAACAUCGGAGACUCCACACAGGAGAGACGCCCUAUAAAUGCCCUGAAUGUGGGAAAAGUUUCACUCAGAGCUCAAACCUGGUUUCGCACCAGAGAAUCCACACAGGAGAGACACCCUAUAAAUGCCCCGAGUGUGGGAAAAGCUUCAAACAAAGAUUCAGCCUCAUCGUACAUCAGAGAAUCCACAUCGGAGAGAGAUCCUAUAAAUGCCCCGACUGUGGGAAAAGGUUUAGUAACAGCUCCCAACUUAUUAGACAUCGACGAAUCCACACAGGAGAGAAGCCCUAUAACUGCUCUGAAUGUGGGAAAAGCUUCAGUCAGAGCUGGGGAGUCCUUAGACAUCAGAGAAUCCAUUCAGCAGAGACACCCUAUAAAUGUUCUGUCUGUGGGAAAAGCUACAAGGGGAAGGAUUCGCUGAAGUCACAUCAGAAAGUGCACACAGUUAGAGCAGAUUUUCCAAUUCCCAAGCCCAACAUGAUCUCCUGGAGGAAACGGAGAAAAGAGCUGUGGGUUCCAGACUCUCAGAACUCUGAGGAAAGUGUGACCCUGAGGAACACCCUCACAGGGACUGACUCCUGUCUGGAUUCUCUCUCUUGCCCAGCAGGUGAUGGGAUGAUGAGUAAGAUUAAGGAGGAGAAUCCUCAGCAGGAAGGUCUUGAGGAAGUGGAACCACACGGGACGCUAUUGGGAAGAUUCAAAGGAAAUAUUUCCCAGAGACCCAAGCAAGGAGAAGCCUGUGGGAGUCAGUGCAAGUCAGAAAGGCAGAAGGGAAACCAGCCAAGAAAGAGACGGGCUGAAUCCACUCAUCCAGGAGGAGGUUUGGAGGAUCCUAAAGAGACCAUGAUCCAGCCGAAGAUCCACAUUAAAAAGAAAUCGUAUAACUGCCCUGAGUGUGGGAAAAGCUUCACUCAGACAUCAAAUCUUAUUAUACAUGAGAGAAUCCACACAGGGCAGAGACCCUAUAAAUGCCUUGAGUGUGGGAAAAGCUUCAGACAGAAAUCAGACCUCAGUAAACAUCAGCGAAUCCACACGGGAGAGACCCCUUAUAAAUGCCCCGACUGCGGGAAAAGCUUUAAGCAAAGAUUCAGCCUCAUCGUACAUCACCGAAGUCACACUGGAGAGACCCCUUAUAAAUGCAAUGACUGCGGGAAAGGCUUCACCCAGAGCACCAACCUGGUUUCGCACCAGAGGAUCCACACGGGAGAGACACCCUAUAAAUGCGCCGACUGCGGGAAGAGCUUCAAGCAAAGAUUCAGCCUCAUUGUACACCAGAGAAACCACACUGGAGAGAGAGCCUAUAAAUGCGCCGACUGCGGGAAAAGCUUCAAGCAGAGCUCAGAGCUCAUUUCGCACCAGAGAAUCCACGUUGGAGAGAGGCCCUUUAAAUGCACGGAGUGUGGGAAAAACUUCAGUCAGAGCUCGGGCCUGAUUAGACAUCGGAGAACCCACACGGGAGAGAAACCCUACAAGUGCAUCGAUUGUGGGAAAGGCUUCAGUCAGAGCUCGGGACUUAUUAGGCAUCGGAGAACCCACACGGGGCAGAAACCCUAUGACUGCCCUGAGUGCGGGAAAAGCUUCACUCAGAGCUCAGCCCUUAUCGUACAUCAGAGAGUCCACACAGGAGAGGCACCCUAUCGAUGUUCUGUCUGUGGGAAAAGCUACAAGGUGAAGGACUCCCUUAUUUCCCACCAGAAACUCCACACAGGAAUGUUCCUGCUCUCCGGGGCUGAGGGGGAAUGGGCGCUGUUGGACCUGGGUCAGAGAGCCCUGUACAGGGACAUCAUGCAGGAGAAUUACAGGAAUGUGACCUCACUGGAUAUUAUUUUGGCUUGUUUCCCCGCUUUCCCGUUCCCCUUUUCUCACCUUCCCUUUUGCUCCAGCACAGGGAAUGACUCCUGUCCAGAUUUUCUCUCUGUCCCAGCAGGUGAUGAAAUCUUAAGUGAAAGCAACAAAGAGAAUCCUUAUCCGGAAAGUCCUGAGCGAAUGGAAGCAAAGGGGUCGUUGCUGGGAAGGUGUGAAGGGGAUGAUUCCCAGAUUUCUGGGCAGGGACAAGCCCAAGAAACUCAGUGCAGGCCAGAGAAGCAGCAGGGAAACUCAUCGGGGAAGACACUGGGUGAAUCCACUCACAGCGUGGGAGGUUUGGAGGAUUGUAAUGAGGCCAUGACCCAGCCGAGAACCUGCACUAAGGAGAAGUGGUUCGAAUGUGCUGAGUGCUGGAGAAGCUUCAAGUGCAGUUCAAACCUUAUAAGACACCAGAGGGUCCACACAGGCGACAGACCCUACAACUGCCCUGAGUGCAGAAAAAGCUUCAAUUGUAAAUCCCACCUUAUUAGACAUCAGAGAUCUCACACGGGAGAGACCCCCUAUAACUGCCCUGAGUGUGGGAAACAAUUCAAUGACCACUCCAAUCUUAUUAGACAUCAGCGAACCCACACAGGAGAGAAACCCUAUAAGUGCACUGACUGCAGGAAAAGCUUCAGGGACAGCUCAGGCCUUCUUGCACAUCAGAGGGUCCACACAGGAGAGAAAUGCCAUAAAUGCCCGGACUGUGGAGAAACCUUCACUCAGCGCUCGCAUGUGACUAGACAUCGGAGGAUUCACACGGGCGAGAGACCCUAUGGAUGCCCCGAUUGUGGAGAAAGUUUCUCUUGCACCUCCGACCUUAUUGUACAUGAGAGAGUCCACACUGGAGAGAAACCCUAUAGCUGCCCUGACUGUGGGAAAAGCUUCAGCCAGAGCCCUAACCUCAUUGUCCACCGGAGAAUCCACAUGGGAGAGAGACCUUAUAACUGUCCUGACUGCAGGAAAAGCUUCAGUCGUAAAUCUAACCUCAUUAGACAUCAGAGAAUGCACACGGGGGAGUGCCCCUAUGAAUGUUCCGUGUGUGGGAAAAGGUACAAGGCCAAGAUCUCUCUGAUAUUUCACCUGAAACGCCACAUAGACUAGUGCCAGCCACUUCCCCACCUCUUCCUAUGUCCGUUCCUCCCAUCUCUACAAUUGGGAUAACAACAGUUGCCCAACUCCCAAGGGAGUCAAGUGGCCCCACUAUUUACGUGUGUGCUCAGUGGCUCAGGACGACAGAGGCACCAGAACAGUGAUUUUAUUAUUAUUACUGUAUUGUAUUAAUCUCUGACCCUCCCAUCCCUUCCUGGCUCUCUGUCACGAGGAGGCUUUUACUGAGCCGAAGGAUUUAACUGGAUUUCCUGGUCCCUGUUUUCAGGCAGGGGCUCGGUUCACAUAGUUGCACACUGGGAUUAUUCCU